AUGUCUGCUUCUAAUGUCCCUGCAAAUAGCCUCCAGAGUGGGGAAAGUCUCACUCAACCGGGCAAGAUGCACAUUUGUCAGCAGUCUUUUGCACACAAUGGGAAAGAAAAGGCUUUCAGCGGGAAGAAAUCCCUUAUGUGUGAGCAAGUUUAUACUAAAGUGCUGUGUAAUAAGCAACCUGUCAAUGGGGGAGAAGCAAUUCAGGUUGAAAAGAAAAUGUUCCACAGCAAUUCUGAUUUUGGCAAACAUCAGGAAACACAAUCAAGAGAGAAACUCCAUGAGCAUUUCCAGAGUGAGAAAUCUCUAAUGUAUAAAUCAGAUGUCAAAGUAAAUCAGAGAGGCCAAACAGCAAAAUGUCACUCUGUGUGUGGCGACUGUACAAACUCUUUUAGCUGCAAAUCUUGCCUUACCACCAAACAGAGAACUGCCAGAGGUGAAAAUUUCUGUGUGUGUAAUGAAUGCAAAGAGAAUAUUUAUCAGAAGUCAGAACUCACAAGAAAUCAGACCCUUCACGAUGCAGAGAAGGCAUGUGAACGCAAUAAGCUUGGAAAAGCCUAUGGUGACCAAUUAUCUUUCAAGAGACAUCAGAGAAUUCACACAGCAGGGAAAACAUAUGAAUGUAGUGAGUACGGAAAACCCUUCACAAGCUAUUUUGGUCUGUUUAAUCAUCAGAAAUUCCACACAGAGGAAAAACCUUAUGAAUGUAGCCAAUGUGGUAAAGCUUUUUCUUAUAAAUCAUACCUAAUCAGGCAUCAGAGAAUCCACACAGGGGAAAAACCUUAUGAAUGUAACCAGUGUAGAAAAGCUUUUUCCCAGAAGUCAAACCUUUUCAAGCAUCAGAGCAUCCACACAGGAGAAAAACUUUAUGAAUGUAGUGAGUGUGGAAAAGCCUUUACCAACCAUUCAAACCUCAUUAGGCAUCUGAGACUCCACACUGGGGAAAAACCUUAUGAAUGUAGUGAGUGUGGAGGAACCUUUGCCAGACACUCAUAUCUCAUUGAACAUCAGAGAAUCCACACAGGAGAAAAACCUUAUGAGUGCAGUGAGUGUGGAAAAGCCUUUGGCAACCACUCAGCUCUAAUUAGACAUCAGAAAAUCCACACAGGGGAAAAACCUUAUGAGUGUAGCCAGUGCAAAAAAGCCUUUAGACAUAACUCAACUUUCAUUAGACAUCAGAGAACCCACAUAGGGGGAAACCUAGAAAAAAAGCUUUUUCUGCCAAGUCAUAUCUAAUCAUACAUCAGAGAAUCCAUACUGGGUGAAAAACCUGAUGAAUGUAGCCUUUGUGGAAAAGCUUUUACCCACCAGUCGUGUCUCAUAACACCUCAGAGAAUCCACACAGGAGAAAAAACAUAUGAAUGUAGUGAGUGUGGAAAAGCUUUUUCUGAGAAAACACAACUAAUCAAGCAUCAGAGAAUCCACACAGCGGAAAAACCUUAG